AUGAGUGCGGAGCAGAGGAGCGGCGUUGUCCGGGAGGGGUUUCUUGUGAAGCGGGGCCACGUCGUGCACAACUGGAAGGCUCGCUGGUUCGUGCUGACUGCGGACAAGCUGCUGUACUACAAGUACGAGGGCGGCAGGAGGGACUCGUGUCAGCGGGGCCGAGUCAUGCUGAGGGGUUGUGUGGUCACGUGUCCCUUUCUGGAGCACGAGAAUCGGCCGCUGGUCUUCAAGCUGCAGACCAAGAGCUCCGUGGAGCAUUACCUGGAGGCCUGCUCCCGCGAGGAGCGAGACGAGUGGGCCGCAGACAUCGCCGCCGCUGCAGAAAGGCUGCAGGCGGCGGAUGGAGGCGAGGCAGCGGCCGGCCGGCCGGACGCCACCGGGUCCCCGUCCCUGAUGCUGCACAAUGUCAGACUGAACCAAGUGGUGGACUCCAUGUAUGAUGUUCACAGUGGUAUCAACCUGACCAGUCAUGUGGAGCAGGGCAGCACCUACAGCAACUGCUUCUCAGGCUCCGAGGUGGUGGACUGGCUGGUGUUCAUGCAGCUAGUCCUGAGCCGCGUGGAGGCUGUGACUCUGGGCUCGGCCCUGCUGGAGGAGGGCUUCGUGCGGCCGAUUGGGCUGAGGAGCUUGGUGGCCAUCCGCAACGCGGGCUUGAGCGAACAGUUUAUGGACGACUCCACGGCGCUGUACAGCUUUGCCGAGAGCUUUAAGAAGAGAGGGAGCGUGAAAGCGGAGCCAUCUCUGUCGGCGGUGGAGCUGAGUGGGAAAGUGAUGAGGAGAGGUUACCUCCUCAAACAGGGACACAAAAGGAAGAACUGGAAAGUGCGGCUGUUCGUGCUGCGCUCGGAGCCUUCCUACCUACACUACUACGAUCCCAGCAAGGAUGACGUCAGCCCGGUAGGAGGCUUCUGUCUCCGCGGGUGUCUGGUCUCGGCCCUGGACGACAACGGAGUUCCCACGGGUGUGAAAGGCAACAUCCAGGGCAACCUAUUUAAGAUCAUCACUCAGUCAGACGUACAUUACUUCAUCCAGGCUCCAACCCACAAGGAGAAGAUGGACUGGAUUGAUGCCAUCAGACAGCAGGUGUAAUGCACCAAACCUGGAGUCGAGCCUUUGGACGAGACAUGUUGACUAGUUAAGCAGUCUUUUUUUUGUUGUUGUCUUUAUACUUGUC